CAGCACAUAAAAAAAUUGUAAACAAACCUUCCUUCGUUGUUCGUUUUUGGCGUUAAAAUAAAUAAUUAAUUAAUUAAAUAAUUAAAUAUGGAAUCUCUGGAAUCUGUCGAGAAAGAAGUUGAAAAAGUUCUGUCCAAAUUUGCUGGUAUUGACGAGAAUAUAAUUACAUCUUUGGAGGAAAUUAUUGAGAAGAUUGGGAGUUUUAAGAGAAAAUUUGACCAGGAGACAUUCGAUGAGAAUGGUACGACCACAGCUCUUGAUCUCAAAUUAUACUUGAAACAAGUCAAAGAAGUUAUAACAAAGUUGAGUUUGGAACACAAAGAUUUGCAUGCUACUGUCUCGAAAAUCGGCAAAACCAUCGAUAAAAAUUUCAUGUCUGAUUUUCAUCACAUAUUUUCUGAGAAGACAUUUGACUCGACAAACUUUCAAGAAAUAGCUCAGGUCAUCAGCGAUCACUUCCUACAGCAUGGACUGAUUGAUGUGGCUAACAGCCUAGCUCAGGAAGCUGAACUGGAUGUGAAGGAUUACAACAAAGAACCAUACCUUCAACUUUAUUACAUACUAGAAGCAUUAAAAAAUAAUAAUUUCCAGCCUGCAUUAGAGUGGGUGGACAAGCACAGGGAGGAGUUGCAGAGCAUACAGAGUAUGUUGGAGUUUAAAAUACACAGACUGCAGUUCAUUGCCAUUCUUAGGAAAGGUUUUAGUUGUCAGACAGAGGCCAUCAGAUAUGCACACGUCUUGGCUCCAUUUGCCGAACGAUUUAUAAAAGACAUACAAGUUCUAAUGGGGUCACUACUGUAUCUGAGACAAGGUUUGGACAACUCACCGUAUGCAUUUUUAUUAAUGGAGCCAGUGUUGGAAGAUGUUAUUGACACUUUCAUGAAGGACUCCUGCAAACUUCUGGGCCUGCCUGCUGAAAGUCCACUCAGCACUGUAAUGCAGGUUGGCUGCAUAACGUUACCUCCCUUGCUAGCCCUCAAUGAAUUCCUCUACUCAAAACAACUGAACAGUCCUUGGACGGUUAAAGAGGAAUUGCCGUUCUUUCCACAGCAGAUGGAGACGGAGUUGGGCAAGCACUGCAGGUACCAUUCAGUCUUCGCAUGUCCGAUCCUGCGGCAGACUACCACAGUGGCCAAUCCUCCAGUUCGGCUCGUAUGCGGGCACAUCAUUUCAAAAGACGCCCUCAGUAAGCUGGCCACAAUGAACAAGUGGGGACAGCUGCACUCACAUCCUUCCAUCAAAGUCAAGUGUCCGUACUGUCCCAAAGAAACACUGCCAAGUGAUGCCAAACAGAUUUAUUUUUGAAAUACCUUUCUCAUUUAUAUAACUUUUGGAUGGUGAACAUGUAAAUAGUUAUAUAAAUACGUGUGUGUGCGUGCGCGCGUGUGUGUAUGUAUGUGUGUGUGUGUGUGUGUGUGUGAGAGAGAGAGAGAGUGUGUGUGCGUGUAUUUGUAUGUAUGCUUUGCUGUUUGUAUGUUCACAAUCAAUUGAUUUUCAUUUUCAACCAACGACUCGCUCUUUAGUUUGGUUACUAAUGGAUUAGGAAUAGAUUUUUAGAAGUGGCUGAGUGAUACAAAUUGAUUACAUCGUCUUCGUCGUUUCAUUUAAAAAUUACCCCGUUAAAAUCAACCAUUUUCAUCGAUGCUGUUUCAUUCUUCUUGAGGAAAUUUGGUGUUCUUUUUCUAUUUACCAGUUCGCGUUGGUUCAUCACACAUUAUGUUCAUUUUAAAACGUAACAUUUUUGCAGAUUCAUAAAAGUUGGCUGAAUUAUCAAUAUUUUUUUUGGUUAAAAAUUCGAUUCG